GUAGGCGCAACAAAUCGCUCACAUGCGCCUGCCUCAGACUUUGACUUCGGUAUAGAUACGGUUUCCCGCCGAGCCAUUUUCGAGUCCUACCGCUGGACCAGCUUCUCUCGACACCCUUCGGAGAAAUCGUUGACUCUGGUUCGCCAAUCGCAUUCCACGACAUGGAGCUUCUGAGAGACCAGGAAAGCACCGUCUUCUUGCGCAAUACCGGAGACUACGACUUGAGCCGACUGAUGGGCAUUUUGACGCGAGACAUUUUUCCAAUGAUCGAGAGAGAAGGACUACUCCGGUUCCGAAUAAAUUGUAUGCGCUCAAAGACUUGGAGCGAAGAUUACUUGGUUGAGUACUACACCAUGGUGUUCCAGUAUAAAAAGGAUGGAAAAUGCAGCAUCGGCAUCUGGAGGGCAGCAACCGACAAGCAGCACGUAUCUACCAGCAACCUCGAGUUGUGCAAAUUGGGUGACUAUCUUAGCCGCCUGCCUCGAUUGAGAGUAUCGCCGGUCUACUUUAAUCUGGCCUUUGAUGCAACCAAAAGCACAGAUGAGCCCCUGAUUGGAGUUUGGAAGUUCAAUCGGGCACAGUUUAACGAGUCCAACCUUCGAUUGCAACACCAGGGAGGAUUCUGUCACGAGAAAAUCGCCGAGCUGGAGGUGGCACCACUUGUUGAAAGUGACGCUAUUGAACCGCAACAGCAGCCAGAUGUCGAGGCGUCAACCGUGCCAGAGACACAGCCAAUGGAACAGGAUCCAUAUGACGAGCCAACUGAGCUCGAUCCAUAUGAAGAACCAUUGGAACUAGAUCCAAUUGUAGAGACUGAGACAAAAGGGAAGCAAGAAAUUACACCGAAAUACAAGACGACACAGGCUGGACGAUCCAAGGAGCGCUCGACCCGAGACCAAACAGCUCGACACAAAAAGCACCCGGCGACGCAGCCCUCGCAACCCAAGCCGUCAACCAAAACAUCUAAGAAGAAAGGAAACAAGCAAAGUGAGAGGACUACUGAAGAUGUACAGAAAGAUGUAAAGACAGACAACAAGGAUAGCAAGAAGGGAAAAGGACAGAAAAGGAGCCUUGCUCCAAAGAGAAAGCCAAAGCCCCCUCUUGUAGGACUUCGCUCAGGCUCCCUCCCGGCUUACCAUUCAAGUCACUAAUUCUACCACACGAGAAUGUCGCGUUGCGUAUGACCGCAAUACAGGAAGACCGACGCGAAAGCCAGAAAUACAUCUCUGGAGCCCAUAAAAGACCCAGAGACAGCAACAGCAUUAGCGACUCUAUGAGGGCUAAGCGAUCGAAGUCUUCGUUAAGGCAAUCUGACGAGUUGCUUGCCGUCGAUCAAAUGCUGGACGGAUUCGUGAUCGCUGAAACGCUAGCUAAAGGUGAAUAUCACUCGCUAGCAUCUGUUCCGCAAGUCUC